AGCGCGUUGUAGCCAAGGUUCCGCGCGCCUCAAGUGUCUCCGCUCAGGCGCCGUAGCGCGCGAGAAAGUAGCGAGCGCGGCCUCGCGUUGCCAUGGCGGCGGGCGAGGGCCGCGGAGGGGAAGGUGUGCUGUGGGGCUCUCGCGGCCCGGGACGCCCCGUCAUGGAGGACGAGCUUUACCUGGAGAACAUCGACGAGUUCGUCACGGACCAGAACCGAGUCGUAACGUACAAAUGGCUGAGCUUUACCUUAGGAGUUCAUGUGAAUCAAGCAAAGCAAAUGUUAUAUGAUUAUGUAGAAAGGAAACGGAAGGAGAAUUCAGGAGCCCAGUUGCAUGUCACCUAUUUACUGGCAGGGAACCUUGUUCAGAACGGGCACACUUGCCAUAAGGUUGCAGUAGUGAGAGAAGAUAAACUAGAAGCCAUGAAAUCGAAGCUGUCCACGGUCGCCAGCCUGCACGUCUACAGCAUCCAGAAAGCCCUGCUGAAGGACAGCAGUCCCCUCUUCAACACCGACUACGACAUCCUCAAGGCAAAUCUCGAGAACUGCAGCAAGUUUAGUGCUAUCUGCUGUGCUGCCGCAGUCACCAGGCCUGUUGCUGAGAGCCCUGCCCAGGUUCCCCCGCAGCCUCCGCCUGCCUCAAAUGUGCUCGAUGCUCCUGUGGUCAACAGCCCUGCUCCGAGCACGUCUUCAAAGCAGCCCGCCCAGCAGAUGAAGGGCAUUAUGGGAAUGUUUGCGCCCAAACCAGCCACCAAAUCCAAGAAUACUCAUAAGGAAGCUAAACUGGAGGCUAAAGAGACACCCAGUGCUUCUACAACAAAUAGCAAACCCCUAGCAAAAGGAAAUACACUGAACAACUUCUUUGGAAAAGCUGCUAUGGGUAAAGAUUGCAAAGUCAAUGCUGAACCUGAGCAGCAGAAGGAAGAGAGGUCGGCUGCCAAGUCACCAGCUUCUUCCACGGACCCAGAGUCUCCUCUUAGUCCUCCUGGUCACGAGAGGGCCAGCAAGGAUUCUGAGCCAGCCAGAGGACAGCAGAAGGACAAGAAAAGAGCAAAGAGGACAGAGUCAUCAGAUGAGGAGGAAAAGGGAGCCAAACGCUUGAAGAAGAAAAGACGUCGAAUCCAACAGCCUCGGUCGGACAGCAGCAGCGAGGACGAGGAUGCUUCCUCAUCGCCUCAAGACGUUUCUCCUGAGCCGGCUCUGAAGCCACAGCCAGCACCUGCACCAGUGGAGGCUUCCAUGGGAGAGAAGAAACACAAGCGGAAGCGUGUGUUGAAGUCCAGAACGUUUGUAGAUGAAGAAGGCUGUAUAGUGACUGAAAAGGCCUACGAGACUGAGUCCUGUACAGAGAGUGAAGAGGAAUUCCGGACCAGCCCCGUUGCAACUCAUAAGCCUCCUCCUGGGGCCGCGAAGAAGGAGCCCAAAGAGGAGAAGAGAGGCACCAAGAAAGGAGGGGUUGCCCCUGGCAAGUCCAACAAGCAGGCUUCCAUCAUGGGCUUCUUCCAGAAGAAAUGAGCUCUAGUCCCUUGACCGUUUGCAGAAGUCUCUGCCGAGCAAACCUCCACCUUGGAGGCCCAGUACUUGCUAUGUAAGUUUGCUCUCUGGAUCCAGAAAGUGGGACUUGGAAAGCUUCUGAUCCUGGAAUUCGAUGGACACCAGGUGCUGAAGACUUGCGCAGACCAGCCACAUGGUGGCCUUUGGAAUAGAAGUCAAGUGCCCUCCUUUGUAUUUUUAAGGCAAACCUUUUGAACUGCCUCGCCUGAGGCAAGUCCUCCCCAGGUGUAGUGGCUGCUCCCUCUUGGCUCACAUCGAUUCAGUCAUUGAACUCCUGUCUGUCCUUCACAGUGGUGGAUUUGGAAUCCGUUCCUGGAAACGGGAAGAAAGAGCCUCCGUUGGGAAGGGGGUGAUCUUCGGUGCUACAAGUUGCCCUCACUGACAAAGAAGAGGUCCAUCCUGUGCAGGGGGUCUCCAAAGGGGAGCCUGAGGAAGCCAACAGAGGUGCUUCCAAGAAGAUCCACAUAGACCUCAUGGUCCCACAGAACUUGCAGCCAGAAGCAUGUGGCCUGCUCUCAUAAAGGAACUCUGCUGCCCAGCCCAGUAUAUCCUGUCUGUUCUCUGGGAAUAGUUGUCAAGACUGCUGCAGUCGAGAUUGGGGAGGGACACUUUGCUCUUCUAGAAGGCCAUGAAUUUACUUUUGAUUCCUUCAAUGGUUCUGUCUGCUGAACACUUCAGCACUUCUCUCCCGCCAGGUCUUGCAGCCAGCAUUGGAUCCAGAAGAGCUUGAUUAAGCCUCCAAAGUAUUACAACCCUGGGGAUUAGCGGAGACUUGCUCUUUUGCAAUCUGUACGUGCACUGGUGGUAGUGAAUUCCCCGUAAUGAGAAACCCUUCAGGAUUGGCCAGGAACACCCUUGUGGUUGAAGGCCCUGCUCGGUCCUCUACAUUUCAGCUGAAGUAUCUACAGUGCUUUCCCUGCAUGCUUACAGUGCUGUAGUGGGCCUGGUUCCCCACCCCAAAAGAGAGUUCCUUUGGUUUGGACCCUCUUCAAGGGGAGCAUUAUAGCAGCCCCCCCAUAAGCUGGGAUAAUGGGAUGCCUGAUUAAUUGAUGGUCUUUCACUAUUAUUGGGGUGGGGUCUGCUUAUAAAGGAAGCCGUUGAUAUUGAAGACAGAAGAAGGAAGGCACUUCUGGUUUGGAAGACCCAGCUCCAGAGAGAUUAAAUGUAAAGGUCUGCAAAGGCCUCAGUCAUAAGUAUGUCAGUCUGGACAUUCUCAGCUAUUGGUGACAAGAAUCACAACCACCCCUUGGUUCAUCAUCUCACCUCCCUCUGGCGCAUCUCCUGAUUUUCAUUUCUCCGGGACAAGUUUUCCUAGGAGCGGGGAGUGUUACUUUCACUGUUUUCCACUGGAUUAUAAGGCUGAUCUCAGAUAAUGGGAGGAGAAAAGGAGCAGGAGUUCAGAUCAGCUGUUCCCAUGCUACACCAUGCAAGUAUUGUACAAACUCACACAGGCACCGUUCAGUUCUAGCAGUAGUGACGGUAUUUUUGUGGCCAUUAAGGCUGCAGAAAUUCAGAUGGCCCCUCAAUAAAGCGGCCCAUAAAUAAGUCUUCUCUCCCAUCUUGUGGUUAUCUGGGUUUUUGCAGCCAAAUAUGGUAGCUCUAGUUAUCAGCCACCCCCAAAAUUUGGUUUACUGGAAGGAAUCCUCCAAAUAAACUUUCUCUGAAAAUUCCUGAUGA